GUCCCGAUUCUCUCUUUGUCUGGAGUGAUAAUCACUAUCCUAUCUUCUUGGUCCCUGUUCUUGCUCAGCCUGCCAUCAUGUUGUCGUCCUGCCUCAGAACCGUCUGCCGCAGAACCCCCACGGUUGCAUCUCGGGCAUUCAGCACCACUUCCCCGACAUGCGCUGCCGACGUCAAGACGCUCGGUGUGCUGGGAGCUGGCCAAAUGGGUCUCGGAAUUGCUCUAGUGGCCGCUCAGAAGGCCCAAGUCCCCGUGAUCUUGGUCGAUAGUUCACAAGCUUCUCUUGACAAGGGCCUCAAGUUUGCUGAUAAACUUCUCGAGAAAGAUGUCGCCAAGGAACGCAUCACCCGGGAGGCAGCAGAUGCCGCUCGCGCUCUCAUCACACCCAGCCUGAAGAUUGAGGACUUCAAUUCCGUGGACAUGGUGAUCGAAGCCGUUCCCGAAAUUCCAGACCUCAAGACUUCCAUCUUCACCAAGCUCGCCCAGAUUGCUCCUAAGCACGCGAUCCUCUCUACGAAUACUUCUUCCAUCUCCAUCACAAAGAUCGCCGCUGCCACUACGACUAACCCGAACGAUCUGCAAGCCCCUGCCCGCGUUGUCUCGACUCAUUUCAUGAACCCGGUCCCCGUUCAGAAAGGUGUCGAAAUAAUCUCUGGCUUGCAGACGUCCAAGGAGACGCUCGAUACGGCCAUUGCCUUUGUGAAGCGCAUGGGCAAGAUUCCCUCGGUUUCGGCUGACUCUCCCGGUUUCCUUGCCAACCGGAUUCUCAUGCCCUACAUCAACGAGGCUGUGAUUUGCCUUGAGACUGGUGUGGGUGGUCGUGAGGAUAUUGACAGCAUCAUGAAGAAUGGAACAAACGUGCCUAUGGGACCUCUGACGUUGGCGGAUUUCAUUGGUCUUGAUACCUGUCUGGCUAUCAUGAAUGUCCUAUAUCAUGAGACAGGUGACAGCAAGUACCGGCCUUCUGGUCUCCUUAAGAGAAUGGUCGAUGCCGGCUGGUUGGGUAAAAAGAGCGGAAAGGGUUUCUAUGACUACUGAUUUAUUCGAUUAUGAAGCGAGACAGUAAAAAGGUGUCACUUUG